UCACAUGGUUCGUCUAGAUGUGCGCGAGCAAUUUUGCCCUGAAGAUUAAAUUCUUGCCUGCUGUUUAGGGGGCAACGAUGUUUCAGGUGGAGCGCUGGCUGGGAGAAAGUCGGAAGCGUGGAUCUCCAUUACUAUUAGAUCGUUUGAAUGCCAGAGCUCGGGAGCGGGCUGCUCUGCUUCCGCUUAGAGAGAAAGCGGAAGGUUCUUCUCCAGGUGACAGGGAGAAAGUCUCGAACAAGGAUUCUGAUCCUGCACUGAGUAGAGAUGAAAGCAAGGAGGGAGCCUCAGAGGUUGUGGUUGAGGAAGAAUCUAAUGCAGUGAGCGAAAUUGAACCUCAUACUGGGCGAAAAAAGCGAUAGCAACAUCAGAAACACAAGGCAGAAUUGGCAACCUUGAUUGACCAGGAAGCUCCUGAUUCUGCUAUAAAGGUCAAAAAGCUCAAGAAGCUGAAAGUCUCGGAUACGACUGAAGAACAUGUAUUUCCUCUGGAAGCUCCUGCUUCUCCUGGAACGGAAGAACAGGAAAGGAAGGUGAACGAUACUUUAACAAGUGAAGAUAAUAUAGAGCGAGCGGAAGAGAAUUAUGCAGCCGACAUCGACAGAAGUGUCCCGGAGCUGGUUGAAUUUCAAGUGUCCAAAUGGGAGAAGAAACGAAAGAAAGAAAAGAGGUUGAAGAUACGAAGAGGGGGCAAUCUGGAACCAAGUGAUGAACUGGUUAACGCAAGAGGCGUAUCUGGAGAAAUGGUGGCCCUUGGAAACAAAUCAAUGAAGAGGAGCCUAACAGUAAGUCCCUAGGGGUUCCGGAUGAGGAUGAGGAGCAUGUAAUUACAGAGAACACUGACGAGUUGAAUGCACUCGGAGCGGACGAUACUUCUCGGAAUGAACCUGAAUUUCCACAAUUGAGAGGGAUGUGGAUAGAAUCAUGGGUCGUGAUGUUAAUUUGGUUCCAGCAGAGUCGCAAGACCACGGGCCGGUGUUGCCAUGGAUGCGUGAUCCGCUUGAUAUAGAUACCUACAAGGCCACCUCCCUGAGACAAGUGCCUGGCUUGGACACCAGGUAGCCUUGCCGUCCGUCCGUUUGUAAUCAUCUUCUAUCUGCCCAGCACUUGAAGUUUGUCUCGAUGUCCAGCCGAUGCGUUUCUCUUGGUGCGUUUCGAGUUACAUUGCAGACUUCAAGAUGCUUUCGAAGGCAGGAAUACAGUCGUUGUUUCCGGUACAGAUGGCCGUGUGGCACGAGACUGUGGGCCCUGGUUUAAGCGAGCGAGACGUCUGUGUCAGCUCGCCAACAGGCAGUGGCAAAACACUAUCUUACGCAUUACCCAUCGUCCAAAAGGUAUCGUCUCGGGUGAUUCGUCUUCUUCGAGUUCUCGUAGUGCUCCCGACCAGGGAUCUAGCUGCGCAGGUUAAAGCAGUCUUUGACACCAUCGCACCAGCAGUUGGUCUCUCAGUGGGACUAGCUGUGGGACAAACGUCAAUUGUAGCUGAAGCGGCUGAAUUGUUUCAGAUUCGUUAGUCGAUGGUCCACAGUUUUGGAAAAUUUGACGCUGCAACUCCCGACCUUGCCGAAAACCAGGAUGACAUACUUGUUGCAACUCCAGGGCGCUUGAUGGACCAUAUUCGAAAUACGAAAGGGUUCACUCUUCAGCACCUACAAUUUCUCGUGAGUUUUUUCCGUGGUGAAAGAGGAAAUAGAGGCACUGCACUCCCACGAUUGAUGAAGAUGGUGUUAUCGGCUACCUUGACGAGAGAUCCAGCAAAAUUUGCACAACUUGGUCUUCUCUGCCCCAUAUAUGUGGCGCCUGGUGCUGCUGGCAACCGGUAUCAACUACCAGAACAACUUAAGUCUUACAGGAUGGUCUGCAAACCGGGAGAGAAGCCCUUAUAUAUGGUAGCACUCUUACAACAGCUUUGCUGCAAACAACCACUGUUUUCACUGCUUCUGUAGUGGCUACUCAUCGACUAUAUACUCUGCUAAAAUGCUACUAAGGAUUGUCAAGGUGGUUGAGUACUCAAGCUUGCAGCAUCAACAACCCCGCAGUUUUGUCCAAGACGUGUGUGCUCUUGAUGGGGUUUGUAGACCAAAUAACUAAUAAGUAUAUUUUUAAACAUACAGACCUCUAAGUCGCAGGUUAUUUCCUCUUUCUUCUGAUUUAUUGAUCUUGGGAUGAAUAUCCAAGUCGGUUCCGUUCGUUUGUUAUCCGACAUUCGUAGCUGGCUUCAAUAAUCCUGAUGACUUGCCUCUAUAUCAUGCUUUACAGUAAAGCGUUGGCAAAAUUCCGGAAUGGCCAGGCACAAGUGCUCAUUGCCUCAGAUGCGAUGACAAGGGGUAUGGAUGUGGAAGGUGUUGCAAACGUUGUCAAUUAUGAUAUGCCUGUGUACGCAAAGACCUACGUCCAUCGUGUUGGGCGCACUGCUCGAGCCGGACAGCCCGGGAGCUCUUAUACUCUUCUUCGGAAGGAGGAGGUACGACACUUCAAACAGAUGUUGAAGAAAGUCGACAAUAGCAAGUGCCAGGAUUAUUCACUGCCGUCAUCUGUCACCGAGGAGCUUUAUGAGUCUUACACUGAAGCUCUGCAGAAACUGAAGCAGAUAACAGCAGACGAGGCAGCAUGAAUUUCACAUGGCAGUCGGACGCAGACAGAAGGGGAAAAUAAAGUUACUGGGCCGGAAGAGCUUUUCAUACGACCACGAGAUAUCACUCAGCGUUUGGAGAACGAUGAUCUACUUAUCCCUAGGCUCUGUCCAAUUGAAGAAACACUGUGUGAACAAAACAAAGAGCUGGUUGCUGAUCGGAUUCAUAUCAGUACUUUCAUUGUGCAAUCCUAGUCCAGGAUUAUAAUAAUACGGUUUCGUUUCCACUUUAAUUCACUUGUGAGUCGAGUUGCUGGGUUCCUGAGGAAGGUUCCGGGAGGUUCCCCUUCAUGUUUUCUAGUUCGCAGCUUAGUCCCGAACGACCGCAUGUAGGAGAAAUUCGCCACACCCACUUUGGUUGGCGGCGUCUGUUUGUGAUGUCAGCUGCGCCAGAUUUCUUCAGUAAAGUUUACAUUGAUUGUGAAGAUU